GAUGGUUUGUCCCUAUUCCGUUCAUUCUCCAUUCGCCACGUUCAAAGCGAUAUGAUUGUUGCGAGGGCGCUUUUAUGUCUGGCAACCUUUCUGGUUCCGGGUACUCUCGGUUUCAAGACGCUGAAUCGAGCCAGCUACACCCGACUUCCUACAUCCAUCAACUCAAACGGUGCCGACGUCUUCCAGGGCAUUAAUUAUGCCGCCGCCGACGGCGCCGCUUACGAUCAUAUCAACUACAUAAUCUACGUCAUUGGUACAAGAAAUCGUCUACUGCACGCCAUUGACGUGGCCAACCCAAGCAGCCCAUUGCGCAUAUUAACGCAUCAGUUCACGGAGCAUGAGGGAAACCCUCAGGCGGUGGACGUGUGUGGGGGUCGACUCGCGGUGGCUCUAUCUGCGCACGUGGACGUUCUUGAGGGACACGUGCAGUUCUUCGACGUUGUCGCGCGCGGCUCAUCCGUCACAGACAUCCACCCCGACCAUACACUGGCUGUGGGUGCGCACCCGAAGGACCUGAAGCACACUCCCAACUGUAAUAUGGUGCUGGUGGCAAACGAAGGGCGGCCGGGCAAGGACGAUACCAAUCAGUACCUCAACCCCGAGGGCUCCAUCACCGUGAUCGUGAUCGAUCGGAACAACGACCCCACUCUCAGAACUAUCGACUUCCAGCAGUUCAACGAGGGAGAAGCAAACUUUAACCAGAAUAUUCGCACGCCGUCCCGGUAUAUUCCGAAAUCCGUGUACAGCGGGACAACGACGGUGGCGCAGGAUAUUGAGCCCGAGAGCGUUGUCAUUAGCAACGACGGCCGCUACGCAUGGGUCACGCUUCUGGAAAAUGACGCUGUGGCGACUUUGGAUCUUCGGACAUAUCAGGUGACGAAAGUGUCGCCGCUGCCCAAGAAGUUGUGGGACACAUCGCCCGUGGAUUGCAGCGACCUAGACGGGGGCGUGCACAGACGGACGUACGCGGGUCUUAAGUCAAUGAGGCAGCCUGGCAAGAUCACACUACUGCAAAUUGGAAGUAAAAACUACCUGAUAACCGCUGAUGUGGGAGGUGUGACGUCAUACACGUCCGCCCUGCACGGCUUCACGUGGACGGAUACCAUCACCGCCAGAUCCUUAGUGAACAGUCUGAUGCCAGAUCUAGUGGAACUGAAAACCCAAAUGACAGAUAAUGGGUUCCUUGGUCGGCUGCAGGUCAGUACGAUCGAGGGAAACUCCUUGUUUGACCCGCGGUACACGCACGUGGAGAUGUUCGGCGGCCGCGGCUUCUCUGUGUGGGACUCCACUAACAUGGCUGCACCAACCUUCGAUUCCGAAGGCACAUUGGAGGAGUACAUGGACAGCUACUACCACUUCCUGUUCAACACGGACUACGCGGCGAACCGCGCUACCACGGGGUCGCCGGCUAAUGACAGAGACACGAGCUCAGAAAACCAGGGUGCGUUUGUCUCUGGACUGGACGUGAUGGAGGAUAACGGGACUGUGUACAUGGUGGCGGGUACGCACGGUCCCGGUACGCUGUUUCUAUACAUGUUGAACACAGUUAGCACGCAACCAAUCCCCGAGUUCCAAUCCAUCACACGGAGCGGCGAGUCCGAGGACAUCUGGAACACUCUUUAUACUAACAAGCAGCUCGGUGACCUCCGUAUAUCCGACAUCGGGAUGAUUCCGAGUAACCAAAGCCCGACAGGACGGCCGCUGGUGUUCGUGACAGCCACGGGAUCCGGGUCGCUCGGCUUGUAUGAGAUCAUAGAUAGCACACCUAUCAUACCCAUUGUCUCCACAUAGUGAUCCCUGCACGUCGGUUGUUGGUGGGCGGAUCUGCUUCUCCUGCCCGCUUAAAUGUGCAUUUUUUUCGGGAAAUAAAAGUUGCAAUAUA